GCAUUCGAGUUCGGAAUUCUUGCGAGCUGGCAGCAACUUUUUGCUUGCGCCGCUUCUUGCGAGCGCCAAAUUAACCAGAGACUACCACAGAGACUGUUCAAGUGCAGUAUCCAGUAUCCAGUAUCCAGUAUCCAGUAUUCAGUAUCCAGUGUUGAGUGUCCAAUAUCCACAAUCAAGCUUACGCAGCCUGAAGUCUGCACGUUGCAGUCUCCAGUAUCCACUCUAGUAUCCAAUGAACGAGUAUAUCGAACGCGCGCGUUUACAGCCUCAAGCCUCAAGCUGAAGCUUAAGCCUGACUCAAGUGCACUCAGACGCGGCGGGCUGCGAGUUUUUGUGCGUUACGCGAAGAAUUCUGUUGCAGUCGCCAAGUGCAACGCAUUUUCGCCAUUCCGCAAUUGCAGCUGUUUGGUGCAUCACAAUUAACAAGCGCGUUAAGGUGCAACAAAACCAAGUGCAACCAAUUAUUAAUCGUGCAACCACAACAACAACAACAACUACAAAGAAAGUUCUCUUAAUACAAAAAAAAUAUAUAUAUAUAUAAAUAUAUGAAUGAUGAAAUACACCCAAGGAGCGUAUAAAGUAAACACAAAGUUAUGAAUUGCGAUUGAAUCGCUGGUCAAGUGAAUGUGAAUUGUGUGAAUAUCUGUGCAAUAGAUGAUUAUACUCAAGUCCACCAAUUAACGGCAUCUAAUGAGUGCAACAAAGUGAAAGUCAAAAAACGAACUUCGUCACUUUUCAUAAAUACUAAGAAUCCCGACUACAAAGUGCAACUAAAAAGGUGCAUAAAAAAGAAACAGUGCCAGAAAAAGAAACAAACAAAUUGCAAGAUAAUAAUUGAGGUAUUGUGAAGUGAUAAAAAGUCGAAAGAAAAAGACAAAAGUGUUGAACGACCGGCGAGUUGAUCAGUUUAAAUGAUUAUGCAUGGUACCUGGUACAAAGGACCUCAGUUGGCGCAUCAUCCCCACACCGAGUACCAUCAGUUCCGAUCGUAUCCAUCGUUCGUUGUGACGCCCUACCACGACGGUCAUGCGGCCACGCCCUGCCCACCCACGCCCUGUACACCCUGCAGCAAUAGCCAUGCAGCUGGCCUUGGCCAAGGCGCCGAGGCGACUCCAAUAAUUGUCGAGGGCACAUUUGCCGCUGCCGCCGCAGCUGCAGCCGCUGCAGCCGCCGCCGUCGGUUGCAUCAAUUCAGGGACUGGAACGGCAGCCGCCACAACUGGAUCAGGCACAUCGCUUUUAAGUCCACCGAUCAAGAUCGAGCAGGUUUUCGGUGAGGCAUCCGCAUCGUCUCUGGGCGGUGUUGUCGAGGACUAUGCAUUAAACUUGGACUGUCCUGUGGAGCAUCAAUUUCGGAAACCCCAUAGCAACAAUAACAAUAACAACGGCUACGUUUGGUCAGCCGGCAACGCACCGCACACCGAAGUCAUCAACGACAACAGCAACAACAACAACAACACUACAAACAACAAUCAGCAUAAUUCGCACCAAACAAGCGAGACCGGACCCGGGUCAUCUCUAUUGCCGGGAACAGGAACAGGAACAGCAACAGCAACAACAUCAACGCCAGGAACGCCACCAACGCCGCCUGUGGACGAGAGCCAACAACAAGCGACAUCGGGGUCCGCAAUUAAUUUGAUUCAAGCCCAAACGCAACCCGCAUCACAAACGCGUCCGAGCUACGGCAAUUCCAUAAAAUCACCACCGGAAACGGCAGCGCAAUCAUCAGCGGCUGCUGCCACGUGUAAAACUCACGACAGCAGCAACAACUGCAACAACAACCAUAACAACAACAGCAGCGACAACAGCAACACAACUGCUGCUGCCGUUACCGCCGCUGCUGCUGCCGCUAACGCUGUCAACAUGCCGAUCGGCGGUGUGCAGGGACAGAAUCCCACCCAAGGCCUGGUCCACUGGAUGAGCGCCGUGAUGGCCGAGCACAUGACUGGCCAGACGCAUCACGAUCCCAGCGCCGCGGUUGGCAUGCACUAUAUGUGGAAUGGCAACGUCGAUCAUGCCAAGGAUAUUAGCGAUUACAAUCUUUGGCCACCGACACCGCGCAGCCAUCAGCAUGCCAGCGAGCAUCAUCCGAUGUCGCUGAAGCAGGAAUAUGAGGCCAAAAUGAAUGAUCACCACCUGCACAACAAUCUGCAAAAAGGUCACUUUCUGGAUGACAAUCGUCUGGAGCAUCAUGCGGCCGUCACCGGACAAGGCAGCCUGGGACACGGGAGUGCAGCCAAUGGACCUGGAACUGGAGCAGGAGGCAACUCUGGCUUGGGUGUUGGCCCUCAUCAUGGCAAUCAUGUGUCCGCCGCCGCAGCAGCCGCUGCUCAUCAUCAUAAUAACGCGGUGGCAGCCGCAUCGGCGGCAGCCCUGCUCGUUGUGCCCCAGCCCAUUAAUGCCAGCAAAAUGGGCGGGCCUGGAGUGGGCGCGACCGGGGGACACGCACCGGCUGGCGGCAGUGGACGCAAGUAUCAAUGCAAAAUGUGCCCGCAGAUCUUCAGCUCGAAGGCGGACUUGCAGCUGCACACACAGAUUCACAUGCGUGAGGCGAAGCCAUACAAGUGUACGCAGUGCUCGAAAGCAUUCGCCAACUCAUCGUAUCUAUCGCAGCACACCCGCAUCCAUUUGGGCAUCAAGCCGUACCGCUGCGAGAUAUGCCAGCGCAAAUUCACCCAGUUGUCGCACCUCCAGCAGCACAUACGCACCCACACGGGCGACAAGCCGUACAAAUGCCGGCAUCCGGGAUGUCAGAAGGCCUUCUCGCAGCUAUCGAAUCUGCAGUCGCAUUCGCGCUGCCAUCAGACGGACAAGCCAUUCAAAUGCAACUCGUGCUACAAGUGUUUCUCGGAUGAACCAUCGCUGCUGGAGCACAUACCCAAGCACAAGGAAUCGAAGCACCUGAAGACGCACAUAUGCCAGUACUGCGGCAAAUCGUACACCCAGGAGACCUAUCUAACCAAGCACAUGCAGAAGCAUGCAGAAAGAACGGACAAACGGCCGCCAAUCGCACCCGGCAGUGCGGCAGCCCUUGCGGCGGCUGCUGCUGCAGCUGGCGGCGGAGGCGGCAAUCAGAGCAAUGCCUCAGCUGGGGCCACAAGCAACUCGCAGCACCAGCGCAGCAAUUUGGUAUUGCCACCGGUUUCGAUAGCUCCCAGCGAUAAUAGCUACUGGCCAAAGGUGAGUCCCGACUCGGCGGCAGCUGCUAAUGCCAUGGAGGUAAUGCACCAACAGCAACAGCAACAACAACAGCAGCAACAGCAACAACAACAGCAGCAACAACAGCAACAGCAACAACAACAGCAGCAGCAGCAACAGCAACCACAUCAUCAUCACACGCAGCUAGGCGUACCACCGCAGCAACAUGGCCCGCCACAGCAACAGCAGCAGCAGCAACAACAGCCCCAACACCAUCACCCACAGCAGCAGCAGCAGCAACAGCAGCCACCUCCGCAGCACACCAUGGAGGCGCACUACGUGCAGCCAACGGCACCAAACACCGGCCAAAGCAAUGGACAUGCGCCAGAGCAACUGCAACCGCAUCAUCGCAUUAUGCCCGAUCCCGUGCGCGAGGAUAUUGUAUCGACACCCAGCACCGUUGGACCAUAUGAUGCAGCAUCGAUAGCAAAAAGCACAAGCAACUCCGCUUUUACACCGAUCAACUCAAUGCCACCGCACUUAAACUCGCUGAGUCACCAUCCGAUGGCGCAGCGUCCCUAUCUCUACGAUGCCAUCAGUUUCCCCAACAAGAAUGUCAAUCAGAAUAAUGCCAACGCCUUUCCCAAUCAGCUGAUCUCGCUCCAUCAGAUACGCAACUAUGCGCAUCAACCGGCGGGUCUCAUGGCAGGCGAGCAUCUGCUCGGCGUUAGCGUUGGGCCAGGCAAGGAUAAAGGAUAGCUAACGUCGUACUUUUAAGUUGGCCAGCGCCCCGCCCCUUCUCGUUCUAGUUAGUUGCUUAUGGUGAUUCGAAAUGUUAUGCUACAUAUAGUAUGGUAAUGUAUACAAACAUACAUAUGUACUAACAUAUAAUUAUAUUGUGUUGACCGCCGAUUUGUAUGCAAUACGGUGCCGUGUAAUCCCGUUACUUAUGGUAGUUUCUACUUCCCGUAUCGUUGAAGUCGCCCAUCCUGUACAGUAUUAAUUUGUAGUUAGUCCAUAUAAGUGAAACAUACACAUACACACACGCAAACAUUCGACUUAAAUUUAGUACUCUUAUAAUCAUUUUGAUACGUAUUUCGUUAAGCAUAUUCUAAUGUAAAUUGGUAAGAAUACGUAUUACUUAUUCUAAUUUAACAACUACACCGUCCAAUUUAAUUUACAUCAAUUUAUAACACAGCAUUGAGAUUCGUUAUCAUUCGUUUUUGGGUACUCAGAUUUCUGAUAAAUUGCUUCAUUUCUCAGCUUCCUUUUAACAGAUACUUUUGCUCCUAUUAAUUUCUUUGUAAUAAACCUUCAAGUCUUGAAAUUUAUGCAACACUAUCUCUGACCUCCCUUUAACAUUAUCUUUACCUUUAUAUAUCAAAAUGCUUUCUGAUUGAUUUCUUUUCGUCAAAUUAAAUUCUAAUUAAACCAUGAAUUCUUUCAUUAUUACGUACUAAAUUCUAUGGAAAUGAAACUAUCAAAGUACCCCAUAUCUGUGUAUUCUUUAUUUCUUCAAUGGUAGUAACAAUCGACAAUUGAUGCUCAAAACUCCUAUAUUAAAAUUGUAAAUACAUAUAUUUAGCUCGGAAGUUCGUAAGAUAUAGUUUUAUUUCAUUCACAAACAGAUCUCGCAGUCAAGUCGAAAAUCAAAAAUAAUUCAAAUCAAAGCUACUGCAAACUACAAAUGAUAUGUACAUAUAAAACUAUUAAGGUUAGAGCUGGCAGAAUAUGAAAAGAGUAAAUUAAAUUUAUUUAACAUACGUGUAUCGUAUUGAAUACAGAAAUUUCUAUAAGAAAUUUUUAAAUGUAAAAAUAUAUUUGACAUCAAAUAUCGAAAAUAAGAAACACACGGUUGAUGAUUAAAAUUUGCAUGUGUUUUAUAAACUACUGAAACUUUGCGAUAGAUUAAAAGCAACUAAACUAUUUUGAAUUAAGCUAAAAAAACAUAAA